AUGGCAAUAUUGGAUGUCUGCAGAUUGAAUAAAAUUGGUAUUGGGGCAUUGCUUGAAACAAAACUCAAAGGAGCUAGAAUAAAUGAUGUAAUGACUUCAACUUUUGCUGGUUGGAAUUUUUAUAGCAGUUCUAUUUUGGAGGGUCGAAUUUUGCUAAUAUGGAAAGCUCAUCUGGUGAAGAUUGAUAUUCUUCAGGAGAGUGAUCAACUCUUACACAGUAGAGUUUGUUUGCUUGGUAGGAGCCAUGAUUAUUGUAUCUCUAUAGUCUAUGGUUCUAAUCAUUUGGAGACUAGGAAAGUAUUAUGGUAUGAUUUAUCUACUGUUCAGAGGCCUGUUAAGCCUUGGAUCAUUUUGGGAGACUUUAAUGUUGUUUUUAAUGUAGAUGAUAGACUUGGUGGAAGACCUAUUUCUGUGAAGGAAAUGGAGGAUGCUCGCCAGUGGCUAGAUUUAGGGGAGGCUGCCGAAAUGAAGUCCUUGGGGCCAGCUUACACUUGGUCUAAUAAACAAGACGGGGGAGCUCGCAUUUUCUCCAAGUUGGACAGAGUUUUUUCUAAUGAGAGUUGGAGUGAUACCUUCCCGUUGGCUGCUGCUGUUGCUCAAUGGGAUGUGGUUUCUGAUCACUGUUUCCUUCUUAUCAAACAAGUGGAUUUCAGAAGGUCGGGAGUGAAGCCUUUUCGGUUCUAUAAUAUGUGGGCUGAUAAUGCAAAAUUUAGGGAGACUGAUCUAUCUAGCUGGAAUGCUCUUUUAGAGGGCCAAGGGUUGGUUAAACUUGUUGGGAAACUCACUAGACUCAAACAUAUUUUGAAGAAGUUUAAUUGGAGAUCUAUGGGAGAUGUUGUUUGUAACUAUGAGGAAAGUAAAAAUAAAUUUCAGCUGGCCCAAGCUGCUCUUCACUCGGAUCCUAUGAAUGCCUUCUUACUGGAUAAAGAAAGAGUAGCUCAGUUGGAUUACAGUAAGCAUGAGACGACUUAUGCUAGUUUUAUUCGCCAAAAAAGUAAAAUCACUUGGCUCCGCUUUGGUGAUGAAAACUCCUCAUUUUUCAUGCUACAUUUUAAGAAUCAUUUGGGCUAUGCUAGCAGGUUUACUGGUCGUAUUGAUCCCAGUUGUAUUGGUCACGGUCCGGUUCUGAAUUUUGAUGAUCAGAUGAAGUUAAUAAAGUCGCUUACCCUCCAAGAUGUUCGUUUAGCCUUGUUCGGUAUUCACUCAGUCAAAAUUCCUGGCCCGGAUGGUUAUGGGGCGGGUUUCUUCAAAACUCUAUGGAAGGAUAUAUGCAAGGAAGUUUCUAUGGCUGUUUUGGACUUCUUUGAAACAGGCAGAAUUCCUCACUUGCUCAAUGAUACCCUCAUUUCUCUCAUUUCAAAAGUGGAUCACCCAUCUUUGGCUUCUGAUAUCAGACUGAUCGCUUGUUGCAAUACCAUAUACAAAUGCAUUUCUAAAAUGCUUAGUAACUGGUUGGCUAUUGUUCUCUAUUCUCUGAUCAAUCUUAAUCAAGGAGCUUUUAUAAAGCAUAGAUCUCUGGCUUACAAUGUCCUUAUUUUUCAAGAUUUAAUUAAGGGGUACAAUAGGAAAAAUAGCUCCCCUCGGCGCACAAUGAAACUUGAUCUAAGUAAGGCGUAUGAUACUAUUGACUGGGAUUUCUUGGAGAAUUUACUUAAUACGCUUUUCUUUCCUAGUCAGUUCAUAAAAUUGAUUAUGGUUUGCUUGCAGGGCUCGUCUUAUUCUCUGGUUCUAAAUGGUAGGAUUCAAGGGCACUUUAAAGGAGGAAAAGGGCUUAGGCAAGGAGAUCCCAUUUCUCCUUUGCUAUUUGUUAUUGUGAUGGAGUAUCUCACCCGUCUGUUGAUUAAGGCUUCCAAGGAAAAUCGGUUCAGAUUUCAUCCAAUGUGUAAGUCUUUGAAUCGAAUUAGUCUUUACUUUGCUGACGACCUCAUUCUUUUUUGCAAAGGUACCUCCUCCUCUGUGCAAGUUAUUCGAGAGGUGUUUUCUGAGUUUAGCAUCUCUUCGGGUCUAAAGAUUAAUUACUCUAAAAUUUACAUUGGAGGAGUUCCAGCUGAGAUUAAAGCUAGAAUAUUGGUCUGUUCGAAGCUGAAUGAGGGUGUUUUUCUGCUGAAAUACCUUGGGGUUCCUCUUAGGCCUACCAAGUGGAAGGCUACUGACUGGGAUAGCCUCUGGGAUCAUGUGUUAAAGCAUGACUCUAGUUGUUAUUGGCAAAAACUUAUCUCAUUCUGUAGUUCUAUUUCUCGCUCCACUUUGGAGGCCGUUGUGAUAAAGGGUAAACUUCAUUUGGGUACCCUGUAUGUUCAACUUCUUUCUUGUGAGUGUAUAGAGUAUGAGAGAACUAUUUGGUGCAAGCUAUCUGUUCCUAAGCACAGAUUUAUUUUUUGGCACGCUGUUAAUCAGCACCUGCUUACUAGAGAUUUGUUGUACCUUCGUCAUGUUGUUGUUGCUUCUGUGCUAUGCCCGGUUUGUGGACUUGUUGAAGAAAGUCAUGGCCAUUUAUUUUUUGAGUGUAUCUUCUCCAAGAAGGUUUUGCAGCUUGUUUCCAACUGGCUUGGAGGGGUUACUUGGCCUGAAAAAUACAAGGACUGGACUGCUUGGAUAACCAAUAGGAAGUCUGGUUGGCUUCAUCACAUUGUGGCUGCAACUCUUGCUGCUUCCAUUUAUUUCAUUUGGUUAAAUCGUAAUUCUUGCUAUUUUGGAGAUAGUUGUUUUACUAUUUUUAAAGUUGAUCAUUUGAUUAGGUACUCUGUUAAAGCUAGAGUUCUUAACAUUUCUUCUAGGCAUUUAUCUACUAGAGAACGGCAAAUGAUUGAGUUUGUGAAUUGCAUGUAA